AUGAAGAUUGCUGCCCCGCGCUGGCCCCCGCUGCUGCUGGCGCUGGCGGGGCCGGCGGCGGCCGGGGACCCCGCGGUGGCCCGCAAUGACCGGGCGGUGGCCGCGCUGCUGGGGCUCCUGCUGUGCCUGGCGCUGGGGCUGGCGCUGGCCUGGCACCACCUGUGCCGCCUCUCGGCCGGCCGCUACCACCCCCGGCCCCUGGGCCGCCGGGCGCUGGAGCUGCUGCGGGGACAGUGGCACCGGCUGCGCUCGCCGGGGGACCCCGCCGCGGCCCUCGGGGACGGCGACACGGAGGUGGCCGUGCGGGACGAGGAGGAAGAGCUGAUGCCCUGGAGCCUGGAGCGGCGGCCGCAGCAGGAUGAGGGGGAGGAGGAUGAGCAGGAGGAGGAUGAGGAGGAAGAGGAGCAGGCCGAGGCAGCGCCAGAGGGCGGGGAGAGCCCCCUGAGUGAGGGGGAGGUGGCGGGGGGCAGCGCCGAGGCCCUGCUCAGUGACCUGCACGCCUUCUCGGGGACAGCGGCCUGGGGGGACGCGCGGCCACACGUCACCGCCUUGUGACAUCACCGUCCUGAUGUCACCACCCUUUGAUUCACCUCCCUGUAGUGUCACCUCCCUGUACUGUCAAUGCCCUGUACUGUGUCACCUCCCUGUACUGUCACCUCCCUGCACUUUCAUUACCGUGUACUGUCGCCUCCCUGUACUGUCACCUCCCUGCAGUGUCACCUCCCUGCCAGCCAAGGGACCCCUUCUCUGUCCCCUGCCCGCCCCCAGCCGAGGC